UGGGGGGAGUGAAUGAGCAGCGCUCUCUUCCACCCUCAAUACCACGACUGAGGUGAGACCCUUGAGCAAGGCACCGAACCCCCAACUGCUCCCCGGGCAUCGCAGCAAAAAGGCUGCCCACUGCUCCGGUCCCAGACCAUGAACUACGUUGGCCAGUUGGCAGAGACAGUCUUUGUAACUGUAAAGGAGCUUUAUCGUGGACUAAACCCCGCAACACUCACCGGUGGGAUUGAUGUCAUCGUUGUGCGUCAGCCGGACGGCAGUCUCCAGUGCUCGCCUUUCCAUGUGCGCUUUGGAAAACUGGGAGUUCUUCGCUCCAAGGAGAAAGUGGUGGAUAUUGAGAUCAAUGGUGAGCCAGUUGACCUGCACAUGAAACUUGGGGACAACGGGGAGGCAUUCUUUGUGGAAGAAAAUGAAAGCUUGGAGGCAGAAGUGCCAGCCCACCUUUGCACCUCACCCAUCCCCAUGGAGGUUCCAGAGGUUUCAGAAGUGACUGAGUCUCCAGCCAGCACCAACUCAUCUUCGUCUACCCGGCGGAAAAAACGGCGCAAGAAACGUGCCCGCUCUGACGCACACCUCCAUGAGGAUGUUAGCUCCUCCUCAGAGGAGAGGGAGACCCCAGAACAGGACAUCCCGAAAGAGGACUCUGUGUUCAUGGCGAGUAAGUCUGUGUAUUACUCUCUGUCUGAGGAACCAGGUGAGGAUGUGCUUGGAGCUCAGGCCAGAGACUUGCAUCCUUACUCUGAUGGAGAGUGCUCACUUAGUGAGAGUCUGUUUUAUAGUCGACCCUCCUCUCCUAAGAGUGACUCUGAGCUAUUGGUUAAGCCUCAGGAAACAUCAGGGCCUCAGAUGCAGUGGAACUGGGGUGGAUUUCCCAAGGUGUGUCCAACAGAGCGAGGGAGCACAGAGCGUCUCUGCAGCCCUUCCUCUCUCGUUACACCCUCCGAGCGCUCCCACUUCCGCACCAUCCAACGGCAGGCCUCGUUCAACAUGGAGCUUUCCAAUCCCUUGACCACUGUAACUGUAUUGAGACCAGAACCUUGGAUUCUUGAAUCACAGCCAGGUCACUCGGAUAAUCUCCCUAGAGUUUCCCACUCUACCCCAAAUAUAGAAGCUUCCUCUCCCACACACCAGGCUUUCCCACUCACACUGCCCCACUUGGAGCCUGCAGAGGGCUCUGAGCAACAGAACACUUCAGAACUGGAGGCCCAGAGUGGCCUGAAUGAUUUCAUGGCUAACACAGUUAGCACAUGUGGCACAGACUGUGAUACUAGAACUACAAAUCAAGAUAUCACAGAUAACACCACAAGACCUACUAAUGCUGAUAGGGUAGUCAGUGUUAUUAGUGACUUUAGUACAAAGACUGCCAUCUCAGUUUGCUCUGAAUACCAUGCAAGCACUCUUAGUGUAUCUUAUACAGCUGACUCAGUUAGCAUGGCUCAGUCGGAAACGUUAGCUACCUCUGUUGAUAAAAUCAGUGCUUUUACCAAGACAGCUCAGCUCACUACAGCAGAAAAGGGAGCUUCGGUGGAGAGAGACAGUGGUAUUGAAGCAUUGACAGAAGGAUUUGCAGAGGAGGAAGGAAAGGUGGCCCAGGAGGGUAAGGCUGCAGUGGCCCCACAGACCAAAGAGGAAGCAAAGAGUGUUGGAGUGCCAGAACAUGUAGAAUCUGUCACACAAUUAGAGGAGCAGCCCAGCUUCUCCCAGUCUUCAUCUAAAGCAGCAGAAUCCCAGGAAAAGAAAAAGGGUAAGCGCAGUCAGCAUUUGGGGCCAGCAGAUAUCUAUCUGGAUGAUUUGUCCAAACUCGACCCUGAGGUGGUUGCAUUAUAUUUUCCCAAAAGUGAAGGAGAUUUUCCUUCCCAGGGUGAUGCUGAGCUUGGUUCAGUCCCACCCAUACACUCCCCACAGUCAGGCCAGCAGUCUCCUCAGUCUCUAAGCACUGCCAAUGUGGACAGUGGGACUGAGUAUCUAUCAGACUCCACCACUGACACUCUGGAUGUUACCAUGUCCCUCUGUGGGACUGAGGGAUACUCCAGGCAGAUCAAGAAAGAAAAGUUCGAGGAGCACAUUGUCACCUAUCAAGACUUUGUCAACAACCCUGGAAUUAUUGACGACCCAAACCUUGUCAUCUGCAUCAACUCAAAUUAUUACAACUGGGCAGCUGCUGCGCCAAUGAUUCUGUCAAUGCAAGCUUUUCAAAAGAAUUUGCCGAAGAGUACAGUUGAGCAGCUGGUAAAAGAUAAGAUGCCUAAGAAGUCUGGUCGCUGGUGGUUUUCCUGGCGGAGGAAAGACAUGGAAAGUAAUCAGCCAAACUCAAAGCCUCGCUCUGAAGAACAUCAACUUGAGGCAUCAUCUUCUCUUCCUACACCUCCCACAAUAAAGAAUCACUCUGGUCAGCUGUCCAGUGAUGACGAUGGUACUGACUCUAACAGGCAGGAAAGUGUAACAGAAGCCAUGAGCACUGCACAGUGCCUGAGUCAGAUAUACCGCAAGUCCCUCCGCCUCACCUCCCAGCAGAUAGAGCAUCUCAAUUUGCGAGAGGGGGCUAACACGAUUGUGUUCAGUGUCACCACUCAGUACCAGGGCACUUGUCGUUGUGAAGCUGCCAUCUAUCUGUGGAACUGGGAUGAUAAAGUCAUAAUCUCAGAUAUUGAUGGAACCAUCACCAAGUCAGAUGCGCUAGGUCACAUUUUGCCACAGCUGGGCAAAGACUGGACCCACCAAGGCAUCGCCAAGCUUUACCACAAAAUACACCAGAAUGGCUACAAGUUCCUGUACUGUUCAGCUCGUGCCAUAGGCAUGGCGGACAUCACCAAGGGUUACCUGCAGUGGGUCAACGAUAAAGGCAUUGUACUGCCUAAAGGACCUGUACUACUUGCUCCUAGCAGCUUAUUCUCAGCUUUACACAGGGAGGUAAUUGAGAAGAAGCCAGAGGUGUUUAAAAUCACAUGCCUAACUGACAUUAGAGACCUUUUCAGUCCACACAGACAACCAUUCUACGCUGCCUUUGGCAACAGGACCAAUGAUGCAUUUGCUUAUAAGAAAGUUGGCGUACCUGAAACUCGGAUCUUCACUGUGAACCCUAAAGGGGAGCUCAUGCAGGAGAAUAGCAAAGGCCACAAGUCCUCGUAUUCUCACUUGAGUGAGCUGGUGGAACAUGUCUUCCCUCUCCUCUGUAAAGGCCAGCAUGCGUCCUUUGAUUGCCCAGAAUUCAGUCACUUUUCUUUCUGGAGAGAGCCCUUAGCGCCACUGGACCUCUCUUCACUCUAGACUUCCACAGUUAAUUUCCAUGUGUUUCUGGUUUUGCUAACUCUCCAGCUUCUCUUUACCUCUCCUUGCUAUGACACUAAAGAGCUGAAUGUAAUAAAAGCUGAAUGCCAGGUCAGCUGGAUCUUAACUAACUUCAAAGUCAGAUACUGUAUGUUACCAUAUGGUUUGGCUCAUGGGCUAAAACAGAGAAAAAUGUGUUCAGAAAAGCCAAAGAUAGUCAUUUGGUAUCAAAUAAAUCUAUUGUUUUCCUUAAAA